GUGCAUAUUUGAUUUUGAUCUAUUGAUUAGCAUGAAAAUGAUGAACGUGUUGUAUUUUUCGACAAGAACGAUAUAUUUAUGUUGAGUUAAUGCACUUUUUUUCAGAGAUUACAAAUCUCAAUAAGAAAGUAAAACAAAUCACUAAUGCGUAACAUAAUUAGUGUAUCACUAUGUCAUGUUAUUGAUUGGGCGUGGUAAUUACAAUGAAGCAAAAAAAGUACAUUCUUUUUCUUUUUUUGUUCCCUUCAAUCCUCAAUUCGACGGUGACUAUAUAUAAAUAAACCCCACACAAACAUUAUCUUACACACAACAAACAAUCACAACAACAAUAUGGUUAAACUCAUCAUUCUCAUUGCUCUUGUAAGUUUCUUUGAUGUAUCCUAGUAGUAAAAUCUUUAUCAUUUGUUGACUGUAGGUAUAUUUGGGGUUGGUCUCAGCUGGUGGUUUUGGCAGCAAUAGAGGAAUAGUUGGUGAUAUUCAUCAUGGUGGUUCAAUUGGAGGUAGAGGUUAUGAUAACACAGGAGAAUCGAGACUUUGCGCUAAUAGUACCGUAGUUCAAUCAUAUGUCAAGCAAACUCAAGCAGUUAUUACGCAACUGAACAACAAUGGCUCCUUCACAGAUUUCUUCGAAAAACGAAAAGAAGAAACGUCAUAUUUACAAAAUGCUGAUAAUACCGCAGUUCUUACAUCAAAUUGCACAAAAUACUUCAAAGAUUUGGAUGCAGCUCGAACACGUGACAAAAUUGCCCAAAAUCAACGAGAUCGAUAUACAGAGAUCGCCAAUCGUCUCUUGGAUAACAUUCUUGACAAAUGUCAAACUCAGUUUAGAGAUUAUGGUCGUCGAAUAUUUCCAUCAGUGCACAAAUAUUAG